UUUUAGUCUUUUCCUCCGCCCUUCGUGGACGAUGAGUUCGGAGCGGAUUCGUUUAUAUACCCAGCUGCCUCAAUUCCCCUCACCACCAACGCCCUCAACCCACAUUCCCCACUAACAGCACACUGCAAUGGCCGCUGCCUCCACCGGAGCCUGCAUCUGGCACGACCUUCCCCCCGAGCUCAGGCUCUCGAUCAUCGACGCGCUCGACGAUGACGACGCGCGGGCGCUGUCCUUCACGGACAAGGAUACCUAUUCUCUCUGUAUACCCUCGAUCUUUAAGGUCGUCAAGCUUGAUACCCAGUUCGCCCUCGACCAAUUCCUCCUCAGCGUUCCCUCCGAGCGCAUGCAGCACAUACGCACGCUGGACGUUGCCCCCAUCCACGAUCAGGACGCAUUUACGAUACCCCUCUCCGGCCCCUACACCGAUGCUGUCGGCAAACUCUUGCGGCAGUGCCCCCGAGUGGAAACGCUUACCCUUAGGGCGGCAGGCUGUCUGUCCAAGGACAUCAUUCCCUGCUUCGCCGCACUCGACGCCUUGAAGCACCUGACGCUUAACAAUGUCCGGAACUAUACACGCGCGCCUCUAAGCGAGCGUGUCGUCGUGUCCAUCGCCGCGACCGCCCCGCACCUGCAGUACCUCGCGCUAGACACUGUCACCCGAUCGCGCCAGCACGCGCCCGAGCUGGUCGGGGCGUGGCCCUACGUGCCCGUCGUAACCGGAGAUCACGACGUGCCGCCCCACCCCGCGCUCGGCGAGGACCUCUUCCUGCCGAACCUGCUCCGCCUCCCCGGGCUGCGCCGCCUCACCGUGCGCGACACGCACCUGGGCGACCCGCGCUGGGCGACGACGCCGCCCGCGUGCCGGCUCGAGAUGCUCGACCUCUCCGCGCCGCCGGACUGCGCGCCCUCGAACCGCGACGUGGAGCGCAUCAUGGCGGCCGUGGGCCCCACCGUCGCGGAGUUCUCGCUCACGACGGCGGUGUGCGAGCCGCGGUUUGCGGAGAAGGACACGCCGCUGCGGCGGUUGCGCCGCCUGCACAUCGCGCCGACGUUCCCCGUCGAGAGCGUCGUGGACACCGUCGCGGGGCUCGCGGGCUCGCCGAUCGAGGAUCUCUCGCUGCGGUGCCACGAGGAUGAUGUGGUGGACGUGUGCGAGGCGCUGCAAGAUUUCCUCAGUAUGCGCGCGGAGCGCGGCAGCGGGUUUUACGAUAGCCUCCAGCGCAUCGACGUAAGCGUCGCGCCUAGUGAGGACGACGCAGCUGCAGCGGCGGACGAGGACGAGGUGCGGGAGCGCAUCGAAGCCACGGAGAAGCUUCAGGCGUUCUGCCGCCAGCUCAGGCUCGACGCGAUGGUCGCGAAGAUCGAUGUCAAGGAGCGCAAGGACAGGCGAGGGAGGGCACGCUCGGCGACGACGUUCUCCAUUGUCGACCCCUCGGCAUACGCGAAGCGCCGUAUGUCGGUCUGAGCUCGUCGGGGGACCUCGUCCUCUACGGUUGGCGAACCUCACUCAACGAUUGGCCUGCAUUGUUCGCAUAUCCUUAUUCGCGCUCUUGUCCGCCCCUCAAAGACCGAACUAUACAGAUUCACUGUCACGAUCGGGACUUUGCAGAUAGGUAUCACAGCCUAUCUCCUCACUAUGCGUACAA